AAAAAAUCAAAAAUCUUCCAAUACAUCAAAAAGGAUCAAGAUCCUGAAGAAAUAUGGAAGGUUGUUGGUGAACUUGGUGACGGAGCAUUUGGCAAAGUUUUUAAGGCACAACACAAGACCAGAGGAACAUUUGCCGCCCUGAAGCAGAUGGAGAUCAAUGAUGACAAUGAUCUGGAGGAUUAUUCCAUUGAGAUUGACAUUCUGAAUGAGUGCAAGCACGAGAACAUUGUUGGCAUACAUGAGGCUUACUACUACAAGAACAAGUUGUGGUUGUACAUAGAGUUUUGUUCGGGGGGAGCGGUGGACAGUAUAAUGGUGGAGCUGGAGAAGCCGCUGACCGAAUCUCAGAUAAGGUGCUUAUGCAAGCAGAUGUGCCAGGCCCUCUCUUUCUUACACAAGAACAUGAUCAUCCAUCGAGACUUGAAGGCUGGCAAUGUCCUCCUCACCUUGGAUGCCACCGUCAAAAUAGCUGAUUUUGGAGUUUCAGCAAAGAACAGCAAGGUAGGCCAGAAAAGAGAUUCAUUCAUCGGCACUCCUUAUUGGAUGGCUCCAGAAGUAGUUGUAUGUGAAACCAUGAAAGACAAUCCGUACGAUCACAAAGCUGAUAUUUGGUCACUUGGCAUCACCUUGAUUGAGUUCGCCCAACUGGAGCCGCCAAAUCACGAAAUGCAUCCAAUGAGGGUGCUUCUCAAAAUUCAGAAAUCUGAUCCUCCAACGCUAAGUCAACCUCACAAAUGGUCAGCCGAGUUCAAUGAUUUCCUAACAAAAUGUCUUGUCCGAACACCAGAACGAAGAUUGGAGGCUGACGAACUGUUGCAG